AUGCCAGAUUCGGAAAAAGAAAAACAAAACAUUAAAACAGAAUUAUGUAAAAAAUGGAUUCAUGCUUCUGGUAGAAAAUCUUUUAAUAUUAACAAUAUAAAGAAAGAUACGUGUAUUUGUUCGUUACAUUUUUUGAAAGCAAAGUCUAAGCAAAAGGCAGAGACAUCGGACCUUGUUGAUUUUCAAAUAGAAAGUGUUUCUCAAUCUUAUUGCGGACUUUAUGCAAAAAAUGAUUUCACUGAAGGCAGUGAUAUCCUAGUUAAAAUCAGUAGGAAAUUAAAUGAUCAUUGUAAUUCUUUAGUUUUAAAUGAAUCAAAUAAUAUUAUUGUUAAAACUUGUGAUCAGUCUACGCAAACCAUUUAUGAUAAACAUCUACUUGCAUCAGAAAUUGAAAUAGUUAUUUUAAAAAGAAGUCUAGACAAUUCUAUUCGAUUUCCCUCAACAUCUUAUUCAAGUUCUUCCAGUAUAUCAAGUGUACCAUAUAAUAAUUUCAUGCCAAUGGAGUAUAUUUUAUCUUCUGAAGUUAAAUGUAAAUAUUUUAUUGGUUUAACAUCGGCUCAAUUUUCUAGCUUAUAUGAUUUUCUUGGACCUGCAAAAUUCAAUCUCUUCUACUGGAAUAGUUCAAGAAAAGUUAAAAACUCAACAGAUUCAUCUAAGCUAUCACUAAAAGAACAGUUGUUUGUUACAUUAUUAAGACUUCGUCGAGGGUUUAAUAUAUUUACUCUUGCUCAUAUGUAUAAUGUGAAACGUGAAGUUUUCAAAAGAACAUUACCUAAAGAAUUUCGAACAUUCAAAAAAAUCCGUGCUACUAUUGACUGUACAGAGUUUAGAUGUGAGGUUCCAAGAAAUUAUGCUCAACAAGGAAACACAUAUUCAUCAUACAAGCAUCAUUGCACUAUGAAAUGUCUUAUUGCUGUGAAUCCUAAUGGUGCAGCUUGUUUUGUAUCAGACUUGUGUGAGGGAAGCAUCACAGAUGUUGAUAUAUUUAACAAAUGUGGUAUUAUGAAACAUAUUAAUCCGGAAGACAUAUUUCUUGUAGAUAAAGGGUUUAAAAUUCAACAUUUACUUUUAGAAAAAGAAGCUACUUUAUUUAUUCCAACUUUUUUGGGUAAAGGAGAAAAAUUUACUGCAGAAGAAAUAAUGCUGACAAAAAAAAUUGCGAAAGCCAGGAUCCAUAUAGAAAGAUUUAACGAGCGUUUAAAAAAGUUUAGAAUGAUUGAUUGUGUUAUACCUCAAUCGUUAACACCAAUAGCUCCUCAACUUGUUUUUGUUGCUUCAUGCCUGGUUAACUUUCAAGAUUGUUUGUGUGUUUAA